CCCACGCGAAAUAAAGCUAUCGACUGUAAUCCUUACUGUACACAGCUGAAUCCUCGGCGGGUAUUAACUGUUUUAUUUUAUAUUUACUGCAAACACAGCAAAACAAAUGGACACCUCCGGGAAAGAGAAGGAAGCUAUUCAGCUAAUGGCCGACGCUGACAAAAAAGUCAAGUCCUCCGGCUCUUUUUUGGGAGGAAUGUUUGGAGGAGGACAUCACAAAGUGGAAGAGGCGUGUGAGAUGUACUGCAGAGCAGCCAACAUGUUCAAGAUGGCAAAAAACUGGAGUGCUGCUGGAAGUGCUUUUUGCAAGGCUGCACGUCUCCAUAUGCAGCUGCAGAACAAACAUGACUGUGCCACCAGUUUCAUUGAUGCAGGCAAUGCUUACAAGAAAUCUGACCCAAAUGAGGCAAUCAAGUGUUUAAAUGCUGCCAUCGAUAUUUAUACAGACAUGGGAAGAUUCACCAUCGCAGCUAAACACCACAUCAGUAUCGCAGAGAUCUAUGAAUCUGAUCUGGUGGAUAUCGAAAAGGCGAUUGCACAUUAUGAACAAGCGGCAGACUACUACAAAGGAGAAGAAUCAAACAGUUCUGCCAACAAGUGUCUGCUGAAGGUCGGGGCUUAUUGUGCUCAGCUGGAGCAGUACCAGAAGUCCAUUGAGAUCUACGAGCAGGUUGGAGCCAACACAAUGGACAACCCGCUGCUGAAAUACAGCGCCAAAGAGUAUUUCUUCAAAGCCUCGCUCUGUCAUUUCAUUGUCGACGAGCUCAACGCGAAGAUUGCAGUUGAAAAGUACGAGGAGAUGUUCCCGGCUUUUUCAGACUCCAGAGAAUGCAAGUUGUUGAAGAAACUUCUUGAGGCACAUGAGGAACAAAACAGCGAAGCUUUUACAGAGGCAGUAAAGGAGUUUGACUCAAUCUCACGUCUGGAUCAGUGGCACACGACCAUCCUGCUGCGCAUCAAAAAGACCAUCCAGGGAGAUGAAGGGGAUUUGAAAUGAUUGAAGGUGCAGGCAGAAACGCAGCAUGGAGGGACAAAUCCAUCACGCAUGCUUUUCACAAACAAACAAACACACACAAUCUCACUGUGUAUAGCAUCAGGACAGGAGCAUCUGCCGAUGAUUCUGAAUUAUACCACUGCUCACUGCUGUACUUUCAGAGCACUAUCUCGCUUUCCUUAUGAGCAUAUCUGAAUCUAGUCAGAAUGUAUAUCUUCUCGCCCUCACCUCUGUCUAGAGGAUUGCUGCAUACCUUUCUCUGCUGAAAUCUCUGCCGGUGGAUUUCAGAGCGGUGUAUUGUAUUGAAACUAACACUAGUAUGGACGACAAGCACUGCAUGUUUUGUACAAUUACCGUUUCCUCUCUAGUCAAAGGCGGUUUGUUUUUUUUGUAAUCUAGAUUAUUAUAUUGAAAUUAUUUAAACGUUUGUUGUACAUAAGAUCAUCAUUGUAUGGGUUUUGAAGAAACUACUAUUAUCUUAAUUUUAAUUAUGUUAAAAUAGUAAAGUGAUUGUUCUCGAAACUCAUUACCAUUAAAAAGGUUCUGGUUUCAGGAGAGUCUCAUCCUGAUGAAGGGCAAUGACUUGCACCAAAUGUAGACUGUUACUCAUUUGUACCUAAUCACAACUUGUUGGGUCUUUUUUUCUAUACAUAUUCAUGGUUUAUUACUUUUAGGUUGAUUUAUGAUCACUUAAGUAUCUGUUGAUGUAAUAAUACUUUGAAUGUUUGACUUUGUAAAGCAGAACUUUAUAGUUUGCCUUUGUGAACUGUUCUUCUGAAUGAAAAGCACUGACAUAAAAAUCCUUCCUCCUCAUUUCCUUCCCAGUGCAGCAAUCUUGGGAUUGUUGUGCAGUCAUUAGUCACUCGUCAUCUCGUGCUGUGCCGUGUUGUGAACUACUCAGUGAAGGGUUAUACUUUCAGCUGGCCUUUUGCUAAGCAUGUCAUUGUGUAUAGGAUGUUAUUGCGUUACAUUCGCUAGUGAGACAGACCAAAGUUUUUACAAAAGGGUCAGUUGCCCCACGUACCCGGCUUCUUCCAGAUGGAAUGGCAUUGAAUAUUGGAUAUGAAGUGUAUGCUUGUGCGAAUGGACAAUAAUAAAGGUAUUAUAUCCCACAA